CACCCUCUACAAUCGUCCUCUAUUUCUACCGUUUUAUGCUUCUAAUCCUCGUCUAUUCAUCAUUAAUCAUGCCCCUUACCUGGUUCAGCAAAGAGACGAUCGCCCCCGGCACAACGAUCCAGCUCAACGAGACUAGCUGGACAAUCGUCCAGAAGAUCAACGAACACAAACUACAGAUCGACGAGGCUGGCAUCAUCCCCGGCUGGGUUGGGUAUAACUAUCCCUCGUACAGCUGCGUGCUACUGCUCGUCCAUCUGAAACACGACCGUCGCGUGACAUCCUCGGCGUUUAUGCGCAUCUACCUGCAGGUCCCCAACGAAGGCACCGAAGUCGAGCCUUCGCGCACCCGCGCACAGCAGGCCUGCGAGUUUAUACCCCCUGAAUUGAAGGCGUUGAGACAAUUCACCAGGGCCCAGUCUGCGUAUACUCCUCGUCUCCUGGACUACCGGGUCGGGAAACAAGAUGAAUCCGGCCUUGUCCCGCACGGCUUCAUGGUCUGGAUGGUCUGGGAGAAGGUGCCCGGAAACCAACUGGGCGACGCAAUUGGAAAUUCCGUGUUCUGGCAGUUGGAAAGCGAGGAACGUCGGCAGAUUCGGGUGGCCUUUGAGGCUGGAUACAAGUAUACAAUACCUCGAGUAAGGAACUUCGCUGACAAAAUUUAUAGGGACCUCCUUAGAAAUGGCUUCGAACCGUCCUUUGGCUCACCAAAGAAUCUGGCCUGGGAUGCAGAGAGGCGACCACUGUACUUUGUCGGCUUCCAUGAUUGUGACACAACAGAGGGCGAGGAAUGGACACCGGCGGAGUUUGCAGUGUAUUCCCUGGCUAUACCGCCCAAGUCGUCUCGCUGGUAUGAAUCAGAAUGGGAGGAGGAUUUCUCUACUUGGGAGUAUUGAUUGCCCUUUGUCAUCUGCCCUUUUCUCUGGCUAGCUCUAUCAAGUAAUUAAUCGCCAGGAUUUAAGAUGGGAUAGAAUAGAAGUGGUGAAUAAUAGAAUAUAGGUG